CUAAAUGUCUAUUGCCAGCUCCCCAUACAUAUAGAUAAAGUCGAAAAAAACCAUAAGUCGGAGACCUCUUGUAUAUUAAAAGUUGACUAAAUGUUAAGCAUAUUCCAGCAGUAUCCCAUUUAUUGACAUUUUAUACUGAUGCCAGAAAGGUUACAGUGAAGUUACAGUUUAAAGUGGGAAGUGUGGGGCUACAAUGGCUGGAGUGUGUGUAUACACACACACACAAAAUUAAACUGUUUUUACUACACUUCUUGCCCAUAAUAGCAAACUUAAAACUCACCUCUAAUAAAAUAACAUUUAUUUGUUCAGCAUACUACUUACAGCAAUUCACCCAUUUUACAUAGCUUUUCCCCAGGACAACUUAAGACAAACACCUUGUGUAUUAGGAAGAAAGUAAGAUCUGAACCAAUAACCUCCCCGUGCGUGCAGAGGCAGCUAUAUCCACCUGCUACUGGCUCCAAAUAACAAUGAUCACAAAAUGAAAUAAAACUAUUAAGUAUGUGAGAGGAUGGGAAAACAAGACAAAGCAACUCCAACUGUCUGACAGAACAGUCACUCUGCGAGGCCACUCAGAACACCUCAAAACUCACGUAUUUGGCCUUUUAAAACAAUAAUUGCAACAAUUUUCCACAAUCUUCUAAACGUUUAUACAAGUACUUUGUAUAUUAAAACACGUUUGGUUUACUAAUAAAUAUAAUUAGAACUGGAAGCCCGAAGGACGAACUCGGUGAGGACGUCGUCGAUGAGAGCACAGAACAUUCUCGAAGGUCUCCGUGCGUACGGUCGCCAAAGUCGACGUCGAACGCAUUUAACGUCACGCAUGUUUUGUAUUUGUCACACAAAGAAGUUGUUGCUCUAAGCUUUUCCCACUUUCUGACUUGAUUUCUGCUACACGUUAUGGAUUUGUCUCGAAAUUCUACCAGGACAGAGGAGGCAUACUCUGCCCGAGGAUGUCCUGAGCGCAGAGUCACAGGUGUCCAGUCUGGGACCACUUUUCCUCCAGAGAUCACGUUUCUCACAGUGAAAAGCUGUGAUCAUUGUAAAAGCCUCAAUCUGAGUUUUGGGUUUGCAAAGAGAUUGAUGGAUUUCAAUAAAGCGCUGAGUGCCAUUGAUGAGCGGACGGUCAAACUGGCACGCAUUCUGGAUGACAGUCAGUUGAGUCGUCUGUCCGACCAGAUGAGAAAGUCUGAAGGCAUCUGGGCAAAAAUCCACGAUUUAGAGGCUCUUGAGCAUCGGUCUGAUGAUCUAUCUCUUUCACCUGCGCCAUGCGACUUGCAGGUACACCGGAGCACGCCCAAAAAAGGCUCCAGUGCCAUAGGCUUCUUUGAUGAAGGACUGACUCUGAAUGAAACUGGCCCUGCACAUGAGGAUUUGCAUCUUAACGCAAGAAGCAAAGAAAUUGGCUAUACCACUGAAAAUGACAGCAUUGACUUCAGUGCUGAAGAAAUUCCCCCUGCCGCUGCACCAGGAAAUGCUUGGAACGGUGACCCUUCACUCUUUACCCAUGGGGCAGAGCACUCAAAGGAGCUGGAUUCUGGUAUUCAAGAAGGAGAGAGCAUUCAGCCAGAAGAGGGAGAACCAGAGAAAGACGCGUAUCAGGCAGAACUUGGUCCACCCUCCGGCUCUCAGUCCAAGACCAGCCUUGGAAGCACACAGGGCGACGCAGAAAUGGAGAAACCCACAGCCCAAAAGAGAGACACAGUGUGGUCCAGGGUUCCGAUGUUCAUACGUUUGUUUGUAUUUGCAGCUGUGGGUUUCCUUAUGCUGGGUUCUCUCCACUGGUGCAGGUAUAGAGUACCAAGAUCAUGGGUCUCAGAUAGUUUCAUGGGUGAUGUCCUAAACCUUUGCCAUGACCCCCUGUGCAAUCCACCUAUUUGACAUUAAAAACCCUUGCCUUAAUAAUGUUGAAGCAAGCUUAUACUGCUUUCCCAGUAUUUGGGUAUAACUUUAUUGAAUACAUGUAUUCAAUGAGCUGAUGCCUUUGUCCAUGGCAAUUUUUAUUCAGCUGGGUCGUUUUCACUGGAGUAAUUCAGGGUAAGAACCUUGCACAAAGGUACCGUAGCAGAAGAAGAGAGUUCAAACCAGGUUCUUUGAUAGCAAGAUGAUAGCUCAAAAGUUACACCACAUGUCUCUCUGUAAUACUGUUUUUAGUAUUUUUGGUUCCCCAGUACUUGAUAAGAUGCUACAACCUUGAUGAAAACACUUCUAUGGAUGUUUCUGGCAAAUUAGCAUCAGGUAAUGUUUUUGCAGUUAAUGUAGCCCCAGAUGUCUUCAGUGAGAUUGGUUUCAAUAAAUAAAACCACCAUUAAUAUCAA